AUGGCGGUGACGCGAGGAUCGUCUGACCGUUCCGACGUAGAACAGGUGCCUCACGAAAAGGACUCAGUCGCCCACAAUGAAUUUCAGCGAAACGGAGCCCUGAAUACCGAAGAUAGAGAUUUUCUGGCAAACUUCCCCGACGAUCGGAAGAAGAAGGCCAUCCGGAAAAUCGAUUUCCGAUUGAUGCCGAUGCUCGUUCUCCUGUAUCUCAUGGCAUACCUCGACAAGACCAACAUCGGCAACGCCAAGAUAGAAGGCCUCCUGGACAGCCUUCACAUGACGGGGGUAGACUACAACAUCGCCCUCUCGGUCUUCUUUAUCCCGUUCGUUCUAGCAGAAGUUCCGAGCAACAUGAUACUCCACAUGUUCAAGAAACCGUCCAUCUACAUUGGAGGUAUCGUUACUUGUUGGGGUGUCGUCAUGACUUGUAACGGAGUCGUCCACAACUUUGGAGGUCUGGUCGCCGUCAGAAUCUUUCUGGGCCUGUUCGAAGCAGGUUUUCUUCCGGGUGCGAUUUUGAUCAUCUCCAAAUGGUACCUCCCAAACGAAACGCAAACCCGGGUUGCUAUUCUAUAUACGUCUGCCGCCUCUGGAGGAGGCUUCUCAGGUCUCCUUGCUUUCGCAAUCGCCAAGAUGGACGGCGUCGGUGGCUACGAGGGUUGGAGAUGGAUCUUCAUAAUCGAAGGCCUGGCUACCGUAUGCAUCGGAAUCACCUGCUUCUUCUGCCUGGUCGACUCGCCCAGCUUAUCCAAGUGGCUCGACCCCGACGAAGUCCGCUUCCUAGAGCUGCGUCAGCAGGCCAGGCGCGUCGUGCAGCCCAACGAGUUCCGGGACAAGCACUUUGACAAGGAAUCCUUCAUCUCCGUCCUGACCGACUGGAAGAUCUAUCUCCUGAUCCUCGCCAACUGGUCGAACGCGGUGCCGAACUACGCCAUGAAGUUCACCAUGCCCCAGAUCAUCAAGAACAUGGGCUACACCUCGGCCAACGCGCAGUUGUUGACGAUCCCGCCGUACGCCGUCGGUGCCGUGUCCGCUUACCUGUUCUCCGUCUUCGCGGACCGUAUUCUCUUCACCAAGAGCGAUGAUAUCAAGGAUAACAUCGCGCUUAAUUACUUUGCGGUUUGCUUGGCUUGCUUCGGCAUGUACCCCAUUCUGCCCGGAGUCAACGCGUGGAACGUCGCCAACACGCCCAGCCCGACGAAGCGGGCCAUCAGCAUUGGCUUUCUUGUUUGCGUUGGAAACAUUGGAGGGCUGAUUGGUAGCUACAUCUACCUGGACAAAGAGGCGCCGAGGUACCCAACUGGUUUCGGGACUUCGUUUGGUUUCGCCUCGGCCGGGAUCAUUGCGGUUGUUGUUCUUGAGAUUUUGUUGCAUCGACGCAACAAGAAGAAGGAGUUGCUGAACGAGGACGAAGUGAGGCAGAGAUAUUCGGACGAGGAACUUGAUCGUAUGGGAGAGAAAAGCCCGCUGUUCAAGUAUGCUCUUUGA